AUGUCCGAGGACCAGGACUUGAUGGCCAAGAUCAGUCAGCUUGCUGGCCAGAUCAACAGGUUCAAGAAUGGAAAUACUCCAAGCGAGUCGCCUCACAAUGAUUUGCACUCCGGUCCGCAUGUCGCGCGGCACACCUCCUACCGCGGUCGACCAGGCUGGGCACCUUAUCGUGGGCGACCAUAUGGUCGAGGACGUGGCGCAGCCCCUCACCGUCACCGUACCCUUAUCCUCAACAACUCCACGACCCCCGCUUCGCAAAGCUCGACGCCUGACGGAAUGGCAAUAGAUACUGAUGAGACUAGUCGCUCGGCGACACCAAAUUCUUGGGUGACGAAGCACGCGCGACAUAUGCAACUGAUUAAUUCCGCCGUCUAUGAUAAAGAGGCCCAGAAGAGAGUUAAGGCUCUGGAAGAAACGCGUAAAGCGAAAGCGCAGAAGAAGGCUCAGAUUGAGCAGACGAAGGUGCUGCAGUUCGCACAGGGCGCGGGUAGACAGUUUGCCUCGAGCUCUGCGCCUCAGGCCGCUGUACCUGGAGAAUCUUCUGGGGAGUAUCAGAUCUUUCUCAACGACAUACCAUUUCGUGUUUCCCGCGGUGGUGGCAAGCUGAUCCGAGUUUCUAGUGCGAUUCCCACUCAUUCCAUGCUGGUAGAGAGAGCUGGCUUACAUAUAUUAGAUGACCCGAACACUGCGAACAAUACGCCGAAGAGGGUGAAGGUUGCUGGAGUGACGUUCGUCCGGAGCAAGAACGGCAAUCUUCAUCGACUAGGUGCAGUAACAUCGAAAAGAAUGCCCUCGGCAGUCAAGAAAAAGGACGAGCUAUGCCAAAGAUUCACUACGACGGGUACCCAUUCUUCCCUCCAAACUUUCAGGUUUCCAUUUUUGUCAUUCGGUACCUGCUACAAGGGGCCUUCAUGUCUAUACAUCCACGAUCCCGACAAAGUCGCUAUCUGCAAAGACUUCCUUCAAACUGGCAAGUGUAGCGCAGGUAAUAGUUGUGAUUUGUCCCAUGAACCAUCACCUCAUAGGUCUCCUGCAUGUGUGCAUUUCCUUCGAGGUCGCUGUUCUAACCCUGAGUGUCGCUAUGCGCACGUACGAGUCACCCCUGGCGCGCCAGUAUGCAGGGCUUUUGCGACCUUGGGAUACUGUGAGAAGGGCGAGAUGUGCGAGGAGAGACAUGUUCACGAGUGUCCUGACUAUGCCAACACGGGUGUUUGCAAGAAGAAGCACUGCCGACUACCCCAUGUUGACCGCGCAGGACAGAUUCGGAAGAAUGCUGCUCCUAAAGAAGCUGAAGGUGACGAUGAAUCCGAUGCUUCCAGCGAUGAAGAGGAGUUCGACGAAAUCGGCUCCGAUGAUGUCGACUCGGAUUACCUUUCGGAUGAGGCAGAACUCAUUGAAGGAACAGAAACUGGUGAAGUCUCGAAGCAGCAGGAUUUUAUCCGGCUUUGA